GUGCCGCCGCGCGGCUCGUCAGUGCUGCUGGGCGCCGCGUUGGGUUCGGGCCGGGGAGCUGCGUUCUUGCUGCUGCCGUUUGGUUGUGGCUAUGGGUUCCCGGGCGUCUACGCUGCUGAGGGAUGAGGAGAUCGAAGAGAUCAAGAAGGAGACGGGCUUCUCCCACAGUCAAAUCACUCGCUUGUACAGUCGCUUCACCAGCCUAGACAAAGGAGAAAAUGGCACUCUUUGCCGUGAAGACUUCCAGCGGAUUCCAGAGCUUGCCAUCAAUCCUCUGGGAGACCGAAUUAUCAAUGCCUUCUUUACAGAGGGGGAGGACCAAGUGAAUUUCCGUGGAUUCAUGAGGACAUUAGCCCACUUCCGGCCCAUAGAAGAUAAUGAGAAGAGCAAAGACCAGAAUGGACCAGAACCACUGAACAGCCGAAGUAACAAGCUCCACUUUGCUUUUCGGUUAUAUGAUCUAGAUAAAGAUAACAAGAUUUCCAGGGAUGAGCUUCUUCAGGUGUUACGGAUGAUGGUUGGUGUCAACAUCUCAGAUGAGCAGCUUGGCAGCAUUGCUGACAGGACAAUCCAGGAAGCUGAUCAAGAUGGGGAUUGCGCCAUCUCCUUUGCAGAGUUUGUAAAGGUUUUGGAGAAGGUGGACGUAGAGCAGAAAAUGAGUAUUCGAUUUCUUCACUGAUGGAUGGAGAACCUCUUCCUUUCUACCCCUUCUAUACAUUGAAUAGAACUUCAUUAUUUCCUUACCACCUUCCCCCAGAGCAUUAUUACUGGUGCAUAUAAAAUACAUCUCCAACCCUUCACUGGUUUGUUCUACCAAUGCGAACAUUUCCCUGUGCAUCGGGAACUAAGAGAAAUAGCUGCCAUGGAACUUGGAAAGGAGCAUUAAAAAGUCCUUCCAUUUUUAAUUUCUUCCCUUGUCUCCUUUUUCAUAUGAGUAAAUGUUUCUCCUUCC